AUGACCGGCAUGGUUCAGACUGACCUGGCUCAUCCUCCCGCACCUAAAUUCAAAGACGAGCCUGCAGAGGAUCCCCUUCGACAUCAAGGCACGCAACACCCCCAUCUUCAGCAUCCCAGACCCACAACCCUCAUACAACCUCCAAAACACCCGGGUUCUCCCCACCAGCCACCGACUACCUUGCCUUCCGCGUCUUACACUUCUCACACAUUAUCGAACGGUGUUCUGCAUCAUCCCUACGCGCACACCCAGGAACAAUCGUAUUACACGCCACAUUCUUAUACGACAGCCAGUGCACCGAGUCAGUACCCCUCGAGCGGACCCCCCGAAAUCAUGGCGACCGCCGCGCAAAUGCAGAGGCCAUAUCCUCCGAUCUAUCACACCCCUCAAUCCAGUUCACCGGCAUCGGUAGCGUCGCAGACCCACGAGCCGCAUAGCAGGAACAUCUACACGCAAUCGCCGCAGAUGACGUCUCAGAUCUACGGUUAUCAACCCUAUUCGCCGAUGAACCCAGUUCAGCCCUCACCUUACGGUCCCAAUGCAUCGCCUCAGCAGCAUCCACUCACAACCCAGUCAUUGAUGAUGCCACACCAAACCAGCACCGCACAGUUGCCUCACCAUUCCACCCAAACCCCAAGCGGUGCAAUCGCCAGCAGCCCCACCACAGCAGUCCAGCAACCGACCCCUCCUCAGAGAACGAUGUUGAACCCACCGCACCCCGCUACAACUGCUGCACCAAUUUCAGCUAGCGCCGUUCAUCACCCGAGCUCAAACGUAGGGGCAAGCUCCAGUGCAGCACCGGGUCCAAUCCCUGCGACAACUCCUCUCGUUGUUAGACAGGAUAGCAAUGGAGUCCAGUGGAUUGCUUUCGAGUAUUCUCGGGAUCGGGUGAAGAUGGAAUAUACUAUCCGCUGCGACGUGGAAUCGGUGAGCGUGGACAACCUAAGCCAGGAAUUCAAGACCGAAAAUUGUGUGUAUCCUCGCGCAUGCUGCAGCAAGGAUCAGUAUCGAGGAAAUCGUUUGGUGUACGAGACAGAAUGCAAUGCCGUUGGCUGGGCUUUGGCCGAGCUUAACCCUGCAUUAAGGUGCAAGCGCGGUUUGAUCCAACGAGCCGUGGACAGCUGGAGGAAUAGCAACCAAGAUCCACGGCUUCGAAGUCGCCGUGUCCGAAGGAUGGCUAAGAUGAACAGAAGACAGGGGCACCCAGCACAGCCGCCCCCACACAUGGCACCCUCGACGCCAGUUGCUCCGGGUAUCCCAGCCGCCAGCAUGGCUGCCCCGGCUCCACGCCCAAGCCUGGGACCUUUAACCAUGGGGCCCCCGCAGCUACAUCAUCACCAUGCCCAGCCCGAUGGAGGUGCAGGCCACGAGGAAGUCAGCGGUCCCCCUGGAUUUCCGAACGGGCUCCACCGUCCACCUAUCUCAGACCAUGGGCCGCCUAGCCAGUCUCCGACCGAUCUUCGCAGCGCUCAGGUGUUCCAUGGGUUUCACUCCUACCCGACAGCGGGGAGUAUUGGCGGCGGACCGCGAGGCCCCUCGAUACCACCGUUGCUACGGGAGAGUGGCAUAGGGUCCCUGGGGCGACCCCCGACUGUGGCCACUGCUAGCCGUGUGGAAGAGUUGGAGGACGAGGAGGAUGAGCAAAACCCCAGCAAUGAUGCCCUCUUUGGCACUCCUCCCGGGGGCAAACCUCGCAAGUUCAUACUCGUGGACGACACCCAGCGGGGUGCCCGCGUUCGGGUCAAAGUUUCCUUGGACUUGGUCGACAUGGAUGAGAUUCCUGACUCCUAUCGGAGGACGAAUUCAGUGUUUCCCCGGACCUAUUUUCCUGUUCAGAUGCGAAGUCCUCGCGCUUCGGUUGUGCCUGGCAACCGAUUCAUCAAGGACCGCUCCGAGCUGGAUGACGAAGAUGACGAAAUGCCGACCGCGGGAAGAGUGAUGGUUCCCGUUCCUCAGAUCGACGGUGAGACCGAUGUCGCGGUACCUCGGCUGUCCCGAGGUCGACGACGGAAGGAGGUGCUCCUCAAUGACCUGGCCUACCGAAUAAGCUGGAGCCAGAGCCGAGUCUUCGCAGGACGGAUGAUGUUUCUGCAGCGGUCCCUGGAUGCAUACCGCAACAAGAUGCGCGCCGCGAUGUUGGCGGAGGGCCAAGAACCCUCGGCGAUCCCGCAGCACUUUGAGACGCGGGCGGGCAAACGACGCUUUCUCGAGCGCAAACGAAGAGUUACCCCAGCCCGCGAUGCUACGGCCCAUACUCUAUCCGCCGCCCGGCGUAGUGCCGAAGAAGUUGAAGCUUGA